CAUCGAAUCAUCAUCGUUAUAUCCGUGUAAAUUCAAGUGUUACUGUUUUGUGUAAAUAUUUUGGAUCGCAGUGUGUUUAGAACUUUUUGUAGAUGUCGUAAUUAGGUUUUAAUUGUGUAGUUUAGGCUGCGUAAGCUCCAAUCAUGGACAGUGGCAGUGUCAGUCGCCAUAUUUGUUCUGUAAAUUUUUCGACCGUCAAGUACAGAAAAAUAAUGGAGUCCAUAGGAGUCCCCGUUCAGCGAAAGGAGUUGGAAAGAGAUGCUGUGCCGACUGUUGAGAUCAACCCUCCACAGGAAAACACGCCAGCUACGGGGAAACGAAAGGCUGAUGACUUCAAUUCCCCCCUGAGGCUGAUGAGCAGCACACCCAAGAAGCCAAGGAUAGCUUUCAAAAAGAGGGAAACUCGGCAAAUUCCACUUGUUUCUGUGAUGGUGACCCACACUGUUCAAUCAGAGCCCAAGAAAGAGGUGGUGCCCACAGAUGCAAGUGCCAAUGAUCCUCACUCUCCAGCCGUACCUCAGGAGUCUGUGGAUGUACCCCAGGAGUCUGUGGAUGCACCCCAGGAGUCUGUAGAUGUACCCCAGGAGUCUGUGGAUGUACCCCAGGAGUCUGUGGAUAUACCCCAGGAGUCUGUGGAUGUACCCCAGGAGUCUGUGGAUAUACCCCAGGAGUCUGUGGAUGUACCCCAGGAGUCUGUGGAUGUACCCCAGGAGUCCGUGGAUGUACCCCAGGAGUCUGUAGAUGUACCCCAGGAGUCUGUAGAUGUACCCCAGGAGUCUGUGGAUGUACCCCAGGAGUCUGUGGAUAUACCCCAGGAGUCUGUGGAUGUACCCCAGGAGUCUGUAGAUGUACCCCAGGAGUCUGUGGAUAUACCCCAGGAGUCUGUGGAUGUACCCCAGGAGUCUGUAGAUGUACCCUAGGAGUCUGUGGAUGUACCUCAUGCAUCUCCAGAUGUAGAACAGGUUGUUGCUACUCCCAAGGAAACCAGAUCUGUGGGGUCUCAACUUUCCCUACAGAAGCCACAGAGAAGGUCCCAUUAUAUUCAGACCAAGUGGAAGACUUAUGAUAAAGGCACGAAAAUGACAUCAGGAGUAACAUGGAACGUGGAUACGCCAAUUUCAGUUGAGAUUGCAGAUAUUGAAGGUCCUGAGCGGUCAUGGAUGAGUAUAGACAAUCUGGAAAAUGGGUGCAUCAUGAUGGAUGUUACACUGCUUCUAAGGCGCAUGAAGAGAAGAGGCUCAAUGGAGAAAGAGGAGA